GUGGAUGUGCGCGUAAGACGAAUGGACGAGAGAUACCUUCCUCAAAUCAAUGGCGAGUGGGCUACUAUCGCCUCUCCUGUCGUCCGCGAGGAAGCUGCUCGACCUCCUAUGGAGCCCGGCGGCAGCCGCUCCUCGUGGCGAGCGAUUUACUUUUUCCGCGGAUCUGCAGCGGCUGGAGCGGCUGCUGAGGAGGAUCCAGGCCACGCUCGACGACGUCGGGGAGCGAGAGAUCCAGGAGAGCUACGUCAAGCUGUGGAUCGAGGAGCUCACGGUCUUGGCCCGCGACGCGGAGGACGUCCUCGAUGACUACCGCUACGAGAUGCUGCGUCGCCGUGCCCAGGAACUCCAAGGCUCCAUCGCCGCCGCCGCCGCCUCCUCCUCCUCUGCCUCACGCAAGAGGAUUCACGAGGAGGACGAGGGCGGUAGCAUCAGCGAGAGAAUUAGGAAGAUCACACGCCGGUUCCAGAUAUCUACAGAUCGAGCCGCUUUGCCGCUGAGGCCAGAUGAGGAGGACGAUGGUGGCACCAGUGAGAGAAUAGGAGAGAUCAUACGCCGCUUCGAGGAGAUCUCUCGAGAUCGAGCUGCUCUGCAGCUUGGACCAGAUGAUGGCAUAAGGAUCGCAGGGAGGGAAUCCCAAUGGGAAUCAAGAACGAGUAGCCAUCUUUUUGAUGAAUCCCUCGUUUUCGGCAGGACUGAUGAGAAAGAGCGUAUCAUACAGUUAGUGUUGUCUCGCAGCCAGGACAACAAAACUCAUGUUUUGCCGGUCGUUGGGAUGGGGGGCAUUGGCAAGACCACGAUGGCACAGAUGGUUUAUAACGAUGGCCGAGUUCAAGAACGUUUUGAUCUGAUGGGCUGGGUUCAUGUUUCCGAAACAUUUGACUUACGCAGGCUAACAAUUGCGAUCUAUGAGUCCUUGACAAGGAGGCCAUGUGAAUACAAUGAACUAAGCUCUGUUCAUGAUGUCUUGAAGGAAAAAUUAUGUAGGAAGAGUGUGUUCGUGGUGCUGGAUGAUCUAUGGAACGAACGGCAUAGCUUCUGGCAAGAUUUGAUGUGUCCACUAGAGUAUGCUGAAAGUGUGAUGAUCCUGGUGACUACCAGGAGUAAAGAGGUAGCGCGUGUUGUGCAAACAUUCGAACCCCUUGUGCUCUGCUCAUUGUCUGAAGAGCAUUGUUGGUUGUUGUUCCAACACUAUGCUUUUGGUGACAGAAUCAUUGAUGACGAAUCCAGUUUACUUCAGGUUGGUAGGAAAAUUAUGCAAAAGUGUGGUGGAUUACCAUUAGCAGUUAAGUCAAUAGGUUGCUUGUUACGUUUCAAGAGGGAUAUGCAGACUUGGUUGGAAAUAUCAAAAAGUGAAUUUUGGGAAUAUUCAGAUGAUAACGAAGAGAUCUUCUGUGCUCUAAGAUUAAGCUUUCAUCGACUGCCUGCAAGGCUCAAACCUUGUUUCUUGCUUUGUGCUUUAUAUCCCAAAGGUCAGCCUUUUGCCAAGGACGACAUGAUUCACUUGUGGAUUGCUCAUGGUUUUAUACAGAAUACAGGAUGCAAAACAAUAGAGAGACUCGCUGGUGAGUACUUUGAUGAGUUGACUGAAAGAUCACUGAUUGAAACAGAUUUAGUCCGUUUGAGAAUUCAUGAGAGUCGCCAAUUGAGGAAAAAGCCACUUUCAAGGCCACGUGCAAGGUCACCAGCGAUUGGUGAGAUCUUCAACACGAGCCAUAACAUUUAUGAGUUACACAUAAGAUCGUUGGUUGACACUUUCCGUGAAAAAACGACCAAGGCUUCAUUAUCAUUUCUAAGGUUUAGAUUGCAUGACAUGACUUGGGACCUUGCAAAGUCUCUGUCCAGCUGUCUGCUUUCUGCAAUAGCUUUUGAUGAAGGUAGCCUUUACCUGGGGAAAAAAAAUCAGCGCUUAUCUUUUUGGUUAAGUGGGGACACGUCCAGACAAAACACUCAGCGGUACAACCCUCAAGUUAUUACCAUUGCUAACUCUGAAUUCAGUUACAAAAUGAAUUAUUUACGUACCUUAGUGUUAAAACAAUGCACAUUUUUCCAUAUCGGCAUAAAUGAGUUCAGAUACCUGAGGGCUCUUGUGCUAGAUUCAUGUAAAGAUAGUGGCUGCAUAUCUGCUACACAAUAUCUGAAGCUCUUGCGCUAUCUCCAUGUAAGUAAUUGUGAUGCAUUGUUUGGCAAAAAUCUGAAGCGCUUGACAGAGUCAAUAUGUCAUCUCUACAGCCUUGAGAAGUUGAUUGUGUCAUCUUGUCGGAAAGAGUUCUCCAUGAAGUCGUGCAAUCUUUUUAGUUUAAGAUAUCUCCAACUCUCUGUCCGAUUCAAUGACUGGUCCCUGCAUCCAUUUUGUCAGUUUGAUAACUUGGACACACUUUGCUUGCAGAACUGCGAUAGCAUUGCAGAGCUCCCCAUAUGUAUAGGAAAUCUCUUGAACCUGAGACGUCUUCAGCUUUUUCAAAUUUCAAAGAUAAAGAAGUUGAAUCAUUAUUGUUUCCGAUGCCAUACAAAUAACAAUAGAUGCGGCCUAACAGAUGUAAUAUUUCCUGCCCUUGAGGAGUUAGAAUUUGAUGGUUUGUGUGAUCUACAGGAGUGGUGUAAAUUGCAGGAAUCAGAUUACCCAAAGAUGCAAAGUAUCACUAUAAGAAACUGCUACAAACUUAGAAGAAUCCCUUAUUUUGGUUCUCUCAGAAAUCUAAUAAUAACAAAGUCAGCUCUCAUCGAUCUCCAGCUUUCGGUAUAUAAUAAACCGUCUCAGCUGCAGUUUCUUGAUAUUAGAGAUUGUUGGUACCUCAAAUCCUUGAAGGGGCUGAAAAAUCUUUGCUCUCUUGGGAGCUUAUAUAUCGCGCACUGUCCUAAACUCAUUGUCUUGCGUAAAGAGAAUCUUCGGUUUAGGCCUCAGCAUGUAUGCAUUGAUGAUUGCCCUGGACUAAAGGACUGGUGUGAUGAACAAGAGCUCUACUAUCAGGUCCCCAAAAUGGUGAAGAUUUCAGAUAUAAAACGGGCAAAGGAGCAUGGCAUUGCUUAUUUCCAAUCCUGUGAACAUAUCUGUCUCGAUAUUUGCCCUGAUCAGGGACCAGAAUUGAUUUUGUCACCGGAUAAUUGGUUGCCAUCUGAAUUGCGGCUCUUAAAGUUCGGUUUUGAGGGCGUUCCAUUGUACUAUCGAGGUCUUUCUACACUUGGCAAACUGGAGAUCAGAGGAUGCCCAAAGCUUGAAGCACUGAUAGAUUUGGAAGAACUGAACAUCCACAGUUUGGUUUUAGCGGACUGCCCUUUACUUUAUAUGCUUCCUGAAAUGAAGUUUCCGGGGCUCUUGACAUCUUUAAUAGUUGAAGGGUGCCAUAAGCUUAUGUCCUUAUACUUAAAUAUAUCUCAUCCUUCAACGUUCACUGAACUUGAGAUAUCUGAUUGCCAAGGACUCAUGUACAUUGGAGGCCUAGGGUGUUUGAGCAAACUAGAAAGUUUGGUACUACUUCAUUGCCGUCUUUUGGAGCUCCAGGGACUGUUGCCAGUCAUUCCUGAAUCAGUUGUUGUAUUUCUCUGCCCAAAAUUGAAGAAAUGGUGUGAAAUCCAAAGUAUUGAAUAUAUGGAAAGUCUGCCUGAUCUGUCGCAUGAAGUGAAUGUUUGAUGACGUCGGCAUACCAUGACGAGGCUGACGAAAUCAUCUGGACAGGUACUUGUUUGUUAGAGAUGAUGGAAACCCCAUGAGGCAUUAUUAAGUGCGCAUCAGCUACUUUUGGGUGUGUUCUAUGGAGGAACUUCCUGUCGAAGAUAAGAUGACCAGAUGCUCAAUUUCAGAUGGAAGAACUGCAUCAUGAUAGAGACAAAUGGGUGAUUGAUGGCAGUCCUCAUGUAGGCUUUGGAGUUUAUGAUUGAAAAAGAAAACAAAAGGCUGUUUGAGCCAUCGGGGCCUUUAUAUUGCUGUCUUACUGCAAAGCAGUCAUUUAAACAUUGUGCUGUUGUGCAUGAUUUGCUUUAUUUUGUGCAGGUCUCUCUGAUCAUGGAUUUCAAUUUUACUAGCA